AAAUCACCUCGCCUCUUCUUCCCUCCCUUGCGUCCCUACCUUGUUACUUCUCUCUUAACACAGAAUUCUUAAUAGCGAAAUAACCUGAGAAACAACCAAAGAAAUGGCGCCCAGAGAUAAGGCGGCGGCGGCUAGCGGUAAAACUGAAGGAAUAAAAAAUAACGGCGUGAACGCUAAAGAAGUGCAUUUUCGGGGAGUGAGAAAGAGGCCGUGGGGUCGAUACGCUGCCGAGAUUAGAGAUCCCGGCAAGAAGAGCCGUGUUUGGCUAGGUACUUUUGACACGGCUGAAGAAGCUGCUCGAGCUUACGAUGCCGCCGCCCGGGAAUUUCGCGGCGCUAAAGCAAAAACUAAUUUCCCUUUGCCUUGUGAGAAUGUAACAAAGAAAAUCAGUAAUAAUCAGAGUCCGAGUCAGAGUAGUACCGUGGAAUCAUCAAGCAGGGAGCCAGCUCUGAUGGAUGAUUCUCCGCCGUUGGAUCUAAAUCUCGGUGCUGGAGCCUGCGGUGGUGGAUUUAAAUCCGCCGUUAGAUUUCCGUUUCAGCCCCUGGCCGGUGUUUUUGGUGCUGGGAAUCAGGUGUUCUAUUUUGAUGCUAUUGCUGCUAUGAAGAAUCAGCAGUAUCAACGGCUCAGACUCGAUAAUCAACAGAAUUAUAGUUUCCACACUGCCGCGGCGGGUAACGGAAGUGUUCUAAGUGACUCCGAUUCAUCCUCCAUCGUUGAUUUAAACCAUCAGGAUGUUAAGCCAAGGAGAAUCCUCGAUUUCGAUCUUAAUUUUCCUCCACAAGAAAUCGCCUGACUUUUUAAUGGCGCGUUUGUCGGAUAUCAUCAAAGAAAUUUCUUUUAUGUUUGCAUUUAUGUUUUAGGGAAGGAGAAAAGUAGGCUAGAAAAACCCAAAAAAAAAAAAAAGGACGGUCAGUGUUUUAUGUGAUCUGUUGUGAUUUUGAUCACGGAUGUUAAUACGUAACUGAUCUCCACCAUUUUUGCAACAGAGAAACCAUCGCCUCUCUUCACUGUUGUUGAUGACUAGUUACUCUAUCGUUCUUCUUUUAAAGAAAAGAACAAAAAUCAAAUGAAUUAAAUUAACAGAGAUA